GGAGAUGCCCAACGAGAUGAUGAACUUGGACCCCAAGGAUUUUCCCACCGAUUUCUUCGCCCCACCCCCAGAUAUCAGUGGGUUCACCAUCUCCAACCACUCGGGUGAAGAUGCUGCCUCUUGCGGUUCCCUCUCAUCGGUAUGUCAUGCAUCUACAUCAUAAAAUAUCACAGCUAAUUUAUUUAGGAUCUGGAAAGUGACGAUCAGUCGUGGUCUCCCACUCGGAUCUCCCCCCUCGAGCCUAUCCACAUGGAGCUUCCCAAGCCCGCUUCCCGAUCCGUCAAGACAUCCACUCGUCGCAAGCCGGCACAACCGAAGCGCGAGC